AACAAUGACGCUCUUUUGAUCAUGCGCAAUGCAAAAUUUCAGUUCGCCAUGACGUCGAAAUUUGCGAGUGGUAGAUUGUCGGCCCCAACAAAAAUUGCCGAUAUCUGCUUAAAACGGUGAGAAGAACGCAGGACACGCGAACAAGUAUAACCGUUACGGUUUAGAGAACACAACAGAAGCAACCUUGCCAGGAGAACUGGUCGGUAAACGACCGCAAAUGGCUCUCGAAAGUCUGUUUGAAACGCCCCCACCUCUCGUGAACAGUAACAAUGAAACACUUACGAUGAGUGAGAAGUCUGUGUUUGAAAGGGAUGAUGAUGUGGAUGAUGAUGCGGAGGAGGGUGAAAUUCUUGAGGAUGGAGAAUUACCAGAAUCUGAUGGAGAAGGAGGCUGGGAAAGUGCCCCAGAAGACCCAGACACCCAGCCCGCAGUCGAGGAACAGCCAGGUUCAGAUGGGGAAGGGGCCGGUGACCCGCAGUCCAGGGGUCAGGGGUCGUACAGAGACCAGGAGGAGGAGGCAGAGGAGGACACUGAGGAAAUGGCAGAGUAUCAUCACCGGUCCUCGUCGCAUCGGAAGAAAAGGAAGAAGAAGCAUCGCCGGGAGAGAGCCAAGAGAAGGCGACGCCACCGAUCAGGCAGUGGCGACGAUGAUGCGACCCCACCCGGUAGCCCCAAUCCACAAGGGGACUUCCUGGAUCGGAGCUACCCACCACGACGAAAUCUGUCCCGUUACGACUCUCCGCCUGAUUAUGACUCGCCCCUGGAGGAAGAGUUUGGCAUGUCCCAGAAGUCGAGGGACAGAUCCCAGGGGUACUUUGUCCCGUCUGACUACUGGGAAGAUGAGGAGGAAGAUGAAGGCGGCAGGAGGAGAAACAAGAGCAUGUCCAGGAACUAUGAGGAUGAAGAAGAAGAAGAAAAUCUCUUUGAUUCAGAUGAAGGAGAUGAUCACUACCAGGACAUGCUUAACCAGUCAGAGAGCUCUGGCCUUGGGCGGAGCACAGGCCGCUAUCACAUGCAGAGCCAGAGGGGCAAAGGCAAGGGGCGUGGCAAAGGCAGGGGAGCAUCUGGGCGUGGCGGUGGACACGCCCCCAAAACUGGCAGCUUCGAGGAUGCAGAGGACAUGGAGGAAUCAAGUGCUCCGGCAGGGCACGGCAGGGGAGGUGCAAGAGGGCGUGGUGGGAAGGGUAAAGGUGGAAAAGGGCGGGGCAAAGGCGCCGCUGAGGGGAUGAAAUUAAGACCUAUCUGCAAGUUUUAUCUGGAAGGAAAAUGCAAUAAGGGACCGGCGUGUACCUUCAGCCAUGCCAUUCUGCCCAACAAGAAGAUGGAACAGUGCAAGUUCUACCUCCAGGGACAAUGCCAGAAAGGAGAUGAAUGCCUCUACAUUCACGGUGAAAUGCCUUGCAAGUACUAUCACACAGGUGCUGUGUGCUACCAGGGAGACAAGUGCAAGUUUUCCCAUGAGGCACUGACUGACAACACCAGGCUUCUUCUUGGAAAGGUCUUGAAAGGUGGGCUGACGGAUGUUUAUGGGCCAGAGAUCCAACGCCAACCCCACCAAACUAGGGGCUUGCUCCCCCAUCCUACGGGUCCUCCCCAGCUGCCACUCCCAAACCCGAACCUGAACCCAUCAUCCAAGAAGAUCCCCUCACUGUUUGAGAUCAAGACCCAGCUGGUUGGGGAGGAUGGCAGACGGAUCGCUGAACAAGAACAGAAGAGAGUGAAGAGUCAAAAACAAAUGCUUAACUUUUAUGGAUCGGCCCCACCUCAAUUUGAUGAUACUCCAGAAAUUCCAUAUGAACAAGACUCUGAAAGUCAGUCCCAGCAAGGGUCAUUCAGUGGGCCAAGUGAGCAGCAAGGCUUCCAAGAGCCACCUGAUCACAGUGAACAACUAGACCUCAAGGACUCUGAAACAGAUUCCAAAAGAAUGCACCACCAGCAGCCCCCACAGAGAGGUAAAUCCCUCUUGGGAACACCCCAACAUGUCUCUGAGAGGCAGCAGAAGUCAUCACUUCUUCCCCAACCUGGCCACGGAAGGCUCCUUGAGGAGCACAAAGACCAAGUUGAACCGGACUUCCCCCAGCAGCAACAGCAAUCUCAACAGCCACAGCACUUGCAGAGGUUAAACGAGCUUCCCCAAGUUUCUCCCCAGCAUCCACAGCAGUCACCACAGCGUUCGCUUGGCUCCCCAGGACGACCUCAAUUUCAGAUGUACCAGCAGAGACCCACAGAGCCCUCUCCCCACCCUCUUAGGCCAGUCAUUGACCGGUCAGAUAACUAUGACCAUGGAGACAUUGACAUGAGGUUACCUAGGACCAAGCGCAACUCUGAGACAGGUGGACUGGUAAUUGAUGAUCCUGAAAUAUCAACAGACAGUAGUGAGAACCAAGGAGGUAGAUUGCAGGACAUUGAUGAAAGGUUCCCAAGAACAGGGAGCACCAGGAAGAGCCAAAACGAGGGAGAGGAUUACAGCCCUGUUUCCUCAAGUGUUACGACGGAACCAGCAGCUGAUGAGAAAAAGCCGGACAUUGCCAGUGUGACUCUGAACAUGCCUGCCAAGCAGAGGGCGCUGUUCAUGAGAAUACAGCAGAAGCAAGCGGAGUCUUCCGAGGAAGGAGAGGAGGAAGAUAGACAGAAGGAAGACAGCAAAAAAGUGGAAGACAGCAGCGCAGACAGAGACACCUCCCGUGACGAUGACAACUGGUACUCCAGUGAUGAAGAGGAUGGAGUUGGAGAUUCAUCAAAUUCUCUCACCACUGUCAUCAAGCAUGUCAGGGAGAAGAGUGACUCUCAAUGUGGCACUCCUGGUACAGAAAAGCCUCCAGAUUCCAGUCCGUCUUCACAACCAGCUUCCACCCAGCUUCUGCCAAAUGCCCUUGCCAGCUUGUUCUCUGCAAAGAAGCCGACAGUCGGACAGGCAUCUGACCCUAAUGUGCUAGCUCAGCAGAAUGCCCUCAGCAGCAUCCUGGGCCUGGUUAACAAAAGUACCUCGCCCGCUCCACCCACAUUACCAAAUCUUCUCAUCACUGUAAAGUCUAGCUCUGACCAAACUACAUUUCCAGAUGCAGGGGGCGACAGCUCGGUUCUCUCCAGGAAGGUGACAGAAUUUGUCUUGCUUGAGGUUACCCACAAUGAGAAACUCAAGGAUCCAAGGGCAGACAGAGAAAAGAAAGAUAAGUCCGACUUACGGCUUCGGAAGCUUCUGUGGAAAGAUAACGAGUAUACAAUCAAUGAUACAGAGAGUCGACCGACCUUAGCACCCAUUGAGCUUCUGACACCCACCGAACUAAAAUCACAGCCAGAUUUUUCUGGCGCACCAACCACUGCAACCGUAACGCCUUCUGUGCAGGCACAAACAGACCCCAGAACUAUCAGACCAGCAGACCCAAGAAUUCAGCGGCCUCGCGAUCCUAGAACUCAAAGUGGUGAAAAUAAUCAAGGCAAUAAUGAGGCAGCUGUCCAAGCCCCCCGAGAUCCAAGAUUGGCCAACCGGGACCCCAGACUGGGUGUAGGUGCAGCAGCGAAUUCAAAUCCAGCACAGGAGGGCGUUGAAAACCGGCAAAGCAAGGGGGGCUUCUUCCAACCCCCGGUAGGGAUGCAACCUCCUGGCAUGUUGGGAUUUCCUCCUGGAGGUCCGUUUCGUCCUCAGGGUCCGCAUCCACCAGGAAUGCCCCCUCAGAACCCAAACUUUCCACCUUUUCCCAAUGGUAGGUUUCCUGUUAGGUUCCCUCCUGGCAGUGGACCGCCAGGCAGCAUGAAUCAAGGACCGAGGUUCCCUCCUCGUGGUCCACCAGGCCAUCCCAUGAGGAAUCCGAGACCCAGAUUCCCUCCUCAACAGGGUAUGCCAUUCAGAGGAGCAAGGUUUGGCGAAGGCCCCAACCGAAUGCCGACCAGGGGGCCACCCCCAAAUAUGGGACCUCAACAGUUUGGGGGACCUGGCCCAAAUAUUGGACCCCCUGUGAGAGGACCUCUGAUGAGGGGUCCACCGCCAGUGAGAGGACCCCCACCAAGAGGCCAAAGUCCAAUGAGAAACCCAGCUCCUGAUAACAGGCAGGAGCCAACAUUUAGUAAUCCUUCAAGUAGCGAACCACUUUCACAAGGACCCUCAGAAUUAAGGAAUUCUGGUGCUGGUGAUGCUUCGUUAAAUCCCCCUCUCAUUACAAAUACUGGCACGGCAAAGUUGCCCCCACAAUCGAGCAGUGCACAGGAACAGGAGACAGGGCCUAAAACUGAACAAGCCGAAGCGAAGCUUGCCUCUGUGAAAACAUCUGACCCAAGAUUAUCAAGGCAGUUGAGCCUGCCUAAAGGCAGCGACACCAAAAGUCAAAUGGAAGGAAGCACUCUGAUUCGCCAGAACUCUGCUCCGGCCACAUCUCCUCGUGCCGAAAGUAAAGAAAUUAAGCAAUUUCCGAGAGACGAUUCAACCCCUACUAGUCCAUCUGCGUCAUCCAAACCUGUCAGCAACCUGAAAGAGCCGCCACUGAUACUAAGGAUUAAAUUACGGGGCGAGAACGACAAACCAGAAAUCACAAGUUCGGUGUCGGACUCUGGCUCAGACUCUGAUUUACCAGCUAGACGUUCUAAAAGGACCAAGGGGAGUGCAGGUGAUUUGGACCACGCGGGGGUCGUAGAAUCUCGCAAGAGACCCGCGGAACGGAAAAGUGGUCUUGCCGGAUUUUCCAUUCCAAAAAUUCCCAAGAAGACGGACAAGUCAGAGGCAGACUCUUCAUCUGAAGACAACACCAAGCUGACAAGUGGUUCAAUGGAGCAUCGGCAAGUCCCGUCAGCUCACCAUCGUCUGCCGCAGGUUACCAGCUCAUUCAAUCAAAGCAUAGCUCGUCCUUCAAAUCCUAAUCAGGGGUCCCCAGCUGUUAAGGCAAAGGGUGAAAGUGCUCCGGGCACUGUGGGAAAUCCAACCAAAGUAGAGCCAGAACUGACAGACCCAUCUAAGCAAGGGAUCACCCCUCCAGAUGACAUCUCCCUCAAGGACAUGUUCAACAUCAAAGACCCCACAGCUUCUCCAUUUUGCUAAGACCCCAAAUUUUUUGAAAGAGUGCUUGUCUUCUGCCAUUGAUGUCAUGUCUGGUGUUAUAAUUUUAUGAUAGUUGAUCUUAAAACUGGUAAUUUAGUGACCAGUUCAUGAAUUAAGUUUCACAAAAUUGUAAAGAUUCCAUUGUUCAUGCAAAAGGUCUUUCUUUGACAGUACAGGCCACCAACUAGUAAGAACACUAAUGUCACUGCAGUUUUAAAAUGUUGAGGCAGAGUGCCAUCCUUUGCUUUUUUUAUGAGUUUACUGCAAGAUAGCUAGCCACGAACAAUGACGUCCAAGCAGCCACUCCUGAGAGCCAUAGCAAAGCUGUAUUGCUAGUCUUGAUUAUAUACAUAUAUGACUUGAAUUGUGUGUACAUGUAUAUACAAUUUUUCCUCUGAAUGUGCACAAACUACUCAGCAACUUUCUGUGACUCGCAGGAAUGAUUUUGUAGGUUGCCACAAAGAAGGGAAGAGUCCACUGACACCAUCUUUUCCACAGUUAACUUCUUUUUGUUUCCCAAAAUAACACUCUUCAUAAGCCCAAAAAAGGAAUUUAUGUUCUAGAUUUCUUCCUGACAACUUACCAGCCACUUAUCUUUUCCCGUCUUAUUUACCUUCCAGACUUUAAAAAUAAUUUUCCUCUACACCAGAACAAUUGGUCCAGAACGUAUUCUGAGACAGCUUUGCAGUGAUGUGUGGCAUUCCAAAUUAUUAGACCAAUUAGUCAGUUCAGCGUUCCAUUGGCGCAUGUCCAAAUAAAGCGCAUCUUAGGUCAUUGGGAACAGCAAUGGGCUCACGGGUCUGCCCGAUCAUCAAGGACAUAUGCAAACUGGCCUGCAUGCUUAGUACUCUAAUGACCUUGCCUCUUUGAAACGCUGAGCUGGCUUAUUGUCGAGCCAUUGAAUGUGGGUAUGUCUUUUGCCCGGUUUUGUGGAGCUGCCGUGAAACGGAAAACAGUGCUAAACCAGUCGACUUGCACAGUAAAAAUAAGCCAAAAUUGAGUCACGAGCAGUGCACGCUAUGUGAUAUUUAGGAUGGUAUAACCUGAACUCUGAAAAGCAAGCGCAGAGGGUUUUGCAGUUCUCAAAUUAUGGUUGGAAGCUCUCGUCAAAAUUUGGCCCUGCUAAAGUUUAAUGAAUGAUAGUUGUGCUAUUCAUUGGUCUCAAAAUUAUUUAACGGACUCUCCCUCGUCAGAGGCAAGUGGCUUGGAGUCUUUGAACAAGCCUGCUAUGGUAUUUAAUUGUCGAGAAUCCGUGCAUGUACAAAAAACGAUGUCGCAUUCGAGGAUUUUAUUUUAUUAAUUUUAAGAACAAAGGAGUACAUGUAGUCGGAGCUUCGCCAUGUUCUGCGUACAAAGACAUUCUUGUUUGUCUCAAACACCAAUAGUUGUCCAUAAUGUUUUAUGUCUGUGAAUGUAAAGUGUAUGUACUUAAUGAUAAUAAAGAGUAUUAUAGUGAUUAUGUGAGCAGGGUGUGAAAA